AUGUCUGUAUCAAGACCAAGCACCGAUACCAAAUGGCAACAAAAAGAUGCUGCUGAUCAAAAUUUCGAUUAUAUGUUCAAAUUACUUAUCAUUGGUAAUUCCAGUGUUGGUAAAACAUCUUUCUUAUUUCGUUAUGCCGACGAUACAUUUACUCCCGCUUUUGUCUCUACGGUUGGUAUUGAUUUCAAGGUAAAGACCGUUUUUCGUAAUGAUAAACGAGUCAAGUUGCAAAUUUGGGAUACUGCAGGCCAAGAACGCUAUCGAACGAUUACUACAGCGUAUUAUCGUGGUGCUAUGGGCUUUAUACUCAUGUAUGACAUUACCAAUGAAGACUCUUUCAACGCUGUCCAAGAUUGGUCCACACAAAUUAAGACAUAUUCGUGGGACAAUGCUCAGGUUGUAUUAGUUGGUAACAAGUGUGAUCGAGAAGAUGAGCGCGUGGUUUCCAUUGAUCGUGGAAAGCAACUAGCUGAUCAGCUUGGCUUCCCUUUCUUUGAAACUAGUGCUAAAGAUAAUAUUAACGUCAAGUCAACAUUUGAAACACUAGUGGACAUUAUUUGCGAGAAAAUGUCUGAAAGUUUAGAUUCUGAUCCAACAGUCGUUAAUCCAACUAAGGUGACUCGAAUAACAGAACGCCCCUCACAGCAAGAUGGAUCGUGCAAUUGUUAA